AUGGAAUGCCCAGGACAGAACUCCUCACUGGGGAACCACACGCCAUUGGUGGAAUUCAUCCUGGUUGGGUUCUCUGAUGUGCCCAACCUUCAAGGAUUUCUUUUUGCGGUGUUUCUGAUAAUCUAUGUGUUUAUUCUCUCAGGAAAUAGCCUCAUCAUCAUGAUAACUAAGGUUGAUUCUUCCCUCCAGACCCCCAUGUAUUUCUUUCUUAGGAAUUUCUUACUGUUGGAAAUUUGUUAUGUGUCAGUUACUGUCCCCAGAUUAUUAGCAGACCUCUGUAGACAAUAUGGAAAUAUAUCUCUGUUGGCCUGCGCUAUUCAAAUGUAUUUCUUUCUGAUCUUGUCAGGGACUGAGUGCUUUAUUCUUAGUGCCAUGGCUUAUGACAGGUAUGUGGCCAUUUGCAACCCAUUACUCUACCCUGUCAUCAUGAACGAUAAGCUGUGUGGUCAGCUGGCAGUUGCCUGCUGGUCAAUGGCUAUUCCAAUACAUACAUUCUUGAUCUCUGUAGUCUUUUCUUCAACCUUCUGUGGAUGUAACCAGUUGAAUCACUUUUUCUGUGAUGCACCUCCUGUUGUUCAGCUUGUCUGUGGGGAUGCUUUCAGGGUUGAAAUGGUGCUGUAUAUGAUUACUGCAUUAGUUGCUAGUAUCCCUUCUUUUCUUAUAGUUGCAUCUUAUGUGAAAAUAGUCUCCACCAUCCUGAAGCUGCCAUCAGCCACUGGGAGAGCCAAGGCCUUCUCCACUUGUUUUUCCCACCUCACAGUUGUGACUUUAUUCUUUGGCUCAGGCAUUAUUGUGUAUAUGAAACCUAAGUCAAAUCACUCAACAGGAAUGGACAAAUUCCUUUCUCUUUUCUAUUCUAUCUUCACACCAAUGUUAAACCCCAUUAUAUAUUGUCUGAGAAACAAGGAUGUUAAGGUGGCAUUGGAGAAAUUACUACAAAAAUGUAUUGUGCUGUGA